UUUUAAGUCGACCUCGAGCCUAUGACUCUUACUUUGAUUCUCUUUCCCCUACUAGAUCUUUUCACUAUUUCAACUCAUCCUACCUUGACCAUAACUUUUCCUCCUCUAUCUUCUACAUACUUCAAUUUAUUUACUAAACCUACCCCGCCAUACCCUCGUCCACAAUGUGUCCUGGUGCAGACAACGAGCCCAAUGGGCAUGCCAACGGCGCUGCCACUAAUGCCAAUGGUGACCACCCAGGUUUCACCGGCAUUGAGACUCGCCAAAAUCCCCACCCCUCCGCCUCUCGCAAUCCCUACGGCCACAACGUCGGCGUUACCGACUUCUUGAGCAACGUCUCCCGCUUCAAGAUCAUCGAGAGCACUCUCCGUGAGGGAGAGCAGUUUGCCAACGCUUUCUUUGACACCGAGAAGAAGAUUGAAAUUGCUAAGGCUCUGGAUGACUUCGGUGUUGACUACAUUGAACUCACCAGCCCCUGCGCUUCCGAACAGUCCAGAAAGGACUGCGAGGCUAUCUGCAAGCUUGGCCUGAAGGCGAAGAUCCUCACUCACAUCCGUUGCCACAUGGACGAUGCCAGAGUUGCCGUUGAGACCGGUGUUGAUGGAGUUGAUGUCGUCAUUGGAACCUCCUCCUACCUCCGUGAGCACUCUCACGGAAAGGAUAUGACCUACAUCAAGAACACCGCCAUUGAAGUCAUCGAAUUCGUCAAGUCCAAGGGUAUUGAGAUCCGUUUCUCCAGCGAGGACUCCUUCCGUUCCGACUUGGUCGACCUCCUGUCCAUCUACUCCGCUGUCGACAAGGUCGGUGUUCACCGUGUCGGUAUCGCUGAUACGGUUGGAUGCGCCUCUCCUCGUCAGGUUUACGAGCUCGUCCGUGUGUUGAGAGGUGUCGUGGGUUGCGAUAUUGAGACCCACUUCCACAAUGACACAGGCUGUGCCAUUGCAAAUGCAUACUGUGCCCUGGAGGCUGGUGCUACUCACAUUGAUACCUCCGUGCUCGGUAUUGGUGAGCGAAACGGUAUCACCCCUCUUGGUGGUCUCAUGGCCCGCAUGAUGGUUGCGGACCCUGAGUACGUUAAGAGCAAGUACAAGCUCGAGAAGCUCAAGGAGGUUGAAGACCUUGUGGCCGAGGCCGUUGAAGUCAACAUCCCCUUCAACAACUACAUCACCGGAUUCUGCGCCUUCACCCACAAGGCCGGUAUCCACGCCAAGGCCAUUUUGAACAACCCUAGCACUUAUGAAAUCAUCAACCCUGCCGAUUUUGGUAUGAGCAGAUACGUUCACUUCGCCUCCCGCCUGACUGGCUGGAAUGCCAUCAAGUCGCGUGCUCAACAGCUCAACAUCACGAUGACGGACGCCCAGUACAAGGAGUGCACUGCCAAGAUCAAGGCUCUUGCCGACAUUCGUCCCAUUGCUGUUGAUGAUGCUGACAGCAUUAUCCGCGCCUAUUAUCGCAACCUCAAGUCGGGCGAGAACAAGCCCCUUCUUGACCUCACGGCCGAUGAGCAGGCUCAGUUCGCUGCCAAGGAGAAGGAGAUUGCUGAGCAAAUUACUGCUUAAGCCCUUGGCUUGACUGCGUAUUAUUUCAUUUGCAAGCGCCGCCAUUGAAAGAUUUUAAUGGGACUAGAGGUUUUGCUUUUGUCCUAGAAUUUCUUAAUCCUGUUCGUGUUGCAGCGGGCUCCCCUUCAGAGGGGAAAUGUUUUCGUUUUACUCUCCAUCCUUAUGAUUUCCACGUUUAUGUGUCAAGGAUCCUGAUUUGGUUGUUUUUUUUUACUACGGGGUUUUAAAAGUCUUUGUCCCUGACUUUCUAAAAAAAAGAAGGUUAUUCGGUGUUGGGAAAGACAUUCUGGGUCCUUUUAUUUUUGGACCAUGUACAUACGCAGACAUCAAAUAUUCAUACUGCAUUUUAUACGACUGACUUGAG